UCUUGAUAUGGCUUCAGAAAUCACUUAUGCAGAACUGAGGAUCACAAAUGAAUCCAACUCUUCGGGCCCCUUCUCAAGAUGUCCUGCAGCUCCCAGAGAGAAACGUAUCUGUCAUCUAAGUAAGCCUGUUUCCCCCUCGCUGCCUUUUACAUGCCUGCUGGUACUUCUCCUGCUGCUGGCAAUCACAUUCUUAGUUGCUUUUAUCAUUUAUUUUCAGAAGUACUUUCAGCUUCUUGAAGUAAAAAAAGAUAUAAAAGAUAUAACUCACAAGGAAUUAAACUGUAUAAAAUAUGUUUCAGUCAUGGAAGACAAAGUCUGGAGCUGUUGCCCAAAGGAUUGGAAGCCGUUUGGUUCCCACUGCUACUUUACUUCAACUGACUUGGUGGCAUCUUGGAAUGAGAGUGAGGAGAACUGCUCCCACAUGGGUGCUCAUCUGGUGGUGAUCCACAGUCAGAAAGAGCAGAAUUUCAUCACUGGGAUCCUGAGCACUGCUUCUGGCUAUUUUAUAGGACUUUUGGAUGCUGGUAAUAGACAAUGGCGAUGGAUUGAUCAGACACCAUACAAUGAGAGUGCCACAUUCUGGCACAGAGGUGAGCCCAACAAUGACUUCGAAAAAUGUGUUAUAAUAAAUCAUCGUCUGAAUGCUGGAUGGGGCUGGAAUGAUAUCCCUUGCAGUGAUAAACAUAAGUCAGUUUGUCAGAUGAAGAAAAUAUACUUAUGAAUCACACAUUCGCCAUGGGCAUGAAAUUUCAUUGUUAUCCACCAUUACAUGAGCAUCUGGAAAGUUCUACAAGUGGAAGAGAUGUCCAUAGAAUUUAAGUAGGAAUCAAAUGGUUAUGCAUAAAAAAUGACCCACAUAUAUCCUUGUAUAUUUAUCCAUGUACUCAGUCAUAAAAUGAACUUUCGUUGAGAAUUUUCUACAUACCAUCGACUCUACAGGGACCCAUUUGGGCACACAUGAUGCUUUGCUGCCAACUUCCCAAGCUUUCAUUUACUCAUGCCAUUGUAUGUUAUGUUCCUUUGAUCUGUUUUCUGUCUUUUAAUAUAUCUUUGGUCUUAAUGACAUUAAAUUGAGAAGUAAAAUGA